AUGGACUCUAUACCGUAUCCCACCUUCGAUGACAACUCGGCAUGGGGGACGACAGACCCUUCGAGUACUGGGGACCCAAUUCAGGACGCUAUGCGGAAAGAUAAGCUUGUGAAAGAGAUUGCGGCAGCUCAAGGGAAUCUACGUGCACUGCUCAGCAGAGUCCGAAACGUGCAAGGAGACGUCGACAAGCUGUCCUCCGAGAACGAGACGUUGCAAAUGUACAUCGAUAACCUGACGAUGCAGAUGGCCAAACGGCGAUGA